CCCUCCCCUCGCGGGCUCCAGCCUUGGCCGCCGCCGACUGACCCGACGUGCAGGCGCGGGCCCCACCUCCUCGCCGCCCGGCCGGGUCUGCGCCGUCUCCGGCCCCAGGACCGCGGCUCGCAGAGGUCGGGUCGCCCAGGACGCCUACGCCUCCUCUGGUCCUUGGGCCUCCCGACACCUGCUGCCAUGAAGAUCGCCGUGAUUGGGCAGAGCCUGUUUGGCCAGGAGGUGUACUGCCACCUGCGGAAGGAUGGCCACGAGGUGGUGGGCGUGUUCACCGUCCCCGACAAGGACGGCAAGGCCGACCCCCUGGGCCUGGAGGCGGAGAAGGACGGCGUGCCUGUGUUCAAGUUCCCCCGGUGGCGGGCGCGAGGACAGGUUCUGCCGGAGGUGGUGGCCAAGUACCAGGCGCUGGGUGCUGAGCUCAACGUGCUGCCCUUCUGCAGCCAGUUCAUCCCCAUGGAGAUCAUCAAUGCCCCCCGACAUGGCUCCAUCAUCUACCACCCCUCCCUGCUCCCCAGGCACCGUGGGGCCUCGGCCAUCAACUGGACCCUCAUUCAUGGGGACAAGAAAGGGGGCUUCACCAUCUUCUGGGCGGACGACGGUCUGGACACGGGGGACCUGCUGUUGCAGAGGGAGUGUGAGGUGCUCCCAGACGACACCGUGAGCACCUUGUACAACCGCUUCCUCUUCCCCGAAGGCAUCAAGGGCAUGGUGCAGGCCGUGAGGUUGAUCGCUGAGGGCAAGGCCCCCCGCCUGCCUCAGCCCGAGGAAGGAGCCACCUACGAGGGGAUUCAGAAGAAGGAAACUGCCCAGAUCAACUGGGACCAGCCAGCAGAGGCCAUUCACAACUGGAUCCGAGGGAAUGACAAAGUGCCAGGAGCCUGGACAGAGGCCUGUGGACAGAAGCUGACGUUUUUCAACUCAACCCUGACCGUCCCAGGCUCAGUGCCUGAGGGAGACCCUUUGCCCAUCCCAGGAGCCCAUCGGCCAGGGCUGGUCACCAAAGCGGGGCUCAUCCUCUUCGGCAAUGAUGACAAAAUGCUGCUGGUGAAAAACAUCCAGCUGGAAGACGGGAAGAUGAUCCCAGCUGCCCAGUUCUUCAAGGGCGCGGCCAGCAGCGCCCUGGAGCUGACCGAGGAGGAGCUGGCCACCGCAGAGGCCGUGCGGAGCACCUGGCAGCGGAUCCUCCCCAACAUCCCAGAGGUGGAGGACACCACCGAUUUCUUCAAGUCGGGAGCUGCAUCGGUGGACGUCGUGCGGCUGGUGGAGGAGGUGAAGGAGCUGUGUGAUGGCCUGGAGCUCGAAAACGAGGAUGUGUACAUGGCGACCACCUUCGGGGACUUCAUCCAACUGCUAGUGAGGAAGCUACGCGGGGAGGACGCCGAGGGCGAGUGCGUCAUCGACUACGUGGAAAAGGCGGUGAACAAGCUGACUCUGCGAAUGCCCCACCAGCUCUUCAUCGGGGGGGCCUUUGUGGAUGCCGAGGGCAGCAAGACCUACGACACCAUCAACCCGACAGACGAGAGCGUCAUCUGCCAGGUGUCCCUGGCCCAGGCCAGCGAUGUUGACAAGGCCGUAGCUGCAGCGAAGGAUGCCUUUGAAAACGGGCUAUGGGGGAAGAUCAGUGCUCGGGACCGGGGCCGGCUCCUGUACAGGUUGGCUGACCUCAUGGAGCAGCACCAGGAGGAGCUGGCCACCAUCGAGGCCCUGGACGCCGGCGCCGUCUACACGCUGGCCCUGAAGACACAUGUGGGCAUGUCCAUCCAGACCUUCCGCUACUUUGCGGGCUGGUGCGACAAGAUCCAGGGCUCCACCAUCCCCAUCAACCAUGCCAGACCCAACCGCAACUUGACCUUGACCAGGAAGGAGCCUGUCGGGGUCUGUGGCAUCGUCAUCCCCUGGAACUACCCCCUGAUGAUGCUGUCCUGGAAGACGGCCGCCUGCCUGGCUGCUGGCAACACCGUGGUGAUCAAGCCCGCCCAGGUGACCCCACUCACAGCCCUGAAGUUCGCAGAGCUCACGCUGAGGGCGGGCAUCCCCAAGGGCGUGGUCAACGUCCUCCCGGGAUCUGGCUCGCUGGUCGGCCAGAGGCUCGCGGACCACCCCGACGUGAGGAAAAUUGGGUUCACGGGCUCCACGGAGGUGGGGAAGCACAUCAUGAAGAGGGCAUGAGCUCCGUGUUCUUCAACAAAGGUGAGAACUGCAUCGCCGCGGGCCGGCUCUUCGUGGAGGACUCGAUUCACGACCAGUUCGUGCAGAGGGUGGUGGAGGAGGUGGGGAAGAUGAAGAUCGGCGACCCGCUGGACAGGGCCACCAACCACGGGCCACAGAACCACCAGGCCCACCUGCGGAAGCUGCUGGAGUACUGUCAGCGAGGCGUGCAGGAGGGCGCCACCCUGGUGUGUGGGGGCGGCCAGGUGCCCCGGCCAGGCUUCUUCUUUGAGCCCACUGUCUUCACGGAUGUGGAGGACCACAUGUUCAUUGCCAAGGAGGAGUCCUUCGGGCCCGUCAUGAUCAUCUCGCGGUUUGCUGAUGGGGACAUAGAUGCCGUGCUGUGUCGGGCCAACGCCACGGAGUUCGGCCUCGCCUCUGGCGUCUUCACCAAAGACAUCAACAAGGCACUGUACGUCAGCGACAAGCUCCAGGCGGGCACAGUGUUCGUCAACACCUACAACAAGACGGACGUGGCUGCUCCCUUUGGAGGAUUCAAGCAGUCGGGAUUUGGCAAAGACCUGGGAGAGGCGGCCUUGAACGAGUACCUGCGGAUCAAGACCGUGACCUUCGAGUAUUGAAAGGUCUCCAGCAAGGGAAGGAGCCCUCCUCGCCGCACAGCCUCGUCCUGCCCAGCCCUGACCCGCCCGUCCACGGGGAGGCCCCGCACUGCCUCCCUGGAGCCCAGGACACCUGCUCCCCAGCCGGGGCCAGCCCUCCUGUCUGCUCCCCCGCCGUCUGCCUGCGGGGCACCCUCUGUCUCGUCAGAAGUGGCUCUGGAUGAAUAAAGAUUGUAAUCAGAGGCAGCCCGCA